AUGACGCUUCAGACAAUCGCAAAGCAAUUGACCAGAACCACCAAGUACAAGCUCAACAAUGGGCAGUAUAUUCCUGUGGCCGGGUUUGGGGUGUAUUUAUUACUGCCCGCGGAAACCUUCGAAUUGGUUUACGAGGCCUUGCUGCAAGGAUACCGUCAUAUCGACAGUGCUGUCAUUUACGGUAAUCAAAAAGAGGCGGCACAGGCAAUUGCGCAGUUUAUCAAAGACCACGAAGAUGUAUCCAGAGAAGAUAUCUGGUUCACCACCAAAAUCUGGAACUCUGAUCAGGGCUACGACGGAACGAAGAACGCCGUGGCGCAGAUCGCGGCCGAGGUCAAGGAACAUAUUGACUAUGUAGACUUGGUUUUGGUGCACUCGCCCUUGACCAGCAAGGAAAAACGCGUUGGUACAUGGAAGGCGUUGUCUGAACUCAAUCACAAUCCAAACAACGGCGUGCUUCAGAUCCGGUCGAUUGGCGUUUCGAACUAUGGCGUAGAGCACAUCGAGGAAAUCCUAGCUCAGGAAGGACCUGUGGUGGUGCCUGCAGUCAACCAAUUGGAAUUACACCCUUGGUUGCCCAGAGUGGCGUUGCGGGAGUACUUGACGCUGAAGGGAAUUGUCAUUGAGGCGUACUCACCUUUAACCCAGGGCCAGAAUCUCAGCGACCCUGAGUUGUUGCAUUUGGAGCAUAAGUACAAGAUUCCCAAGGCCGAGAUUCUCUUGAAAUGGUCUUAUCUCCAGGGGUUUGUUGUGUUGGCCAAGACCUCCAAGAAGGAGAGAAUCAAGCAGAAUUUCGAGGUCUUGCCGGAGGGCCGUGGGUCCAGCGAUGCUUUGGACGAGGGUUCCAACUUGGGGAAAAUCGACUUGGAUCCAAACAUCUUGGACGUUUUGGACAAGCCAGACUCGAAAAAGGUUUUCACGUGGCAUAACUCUGAUCCUACGGAAUUUAAGGACUCUCCAUAG